UUUGCUACUCUAUGAUCAUAACAGUUUAGGAAUAAUCACUAUUAUCUUUAACUGUUUAUCUGUUGAAUACUAAUUUUAUUUUCUUGGAGUUUAAAAUAUUAUUAAUAAAUAUAAAAAUCAAUCUUAAUUAUACUAUUAACAUCAUCAAUAAGAAAUAAAAGAUGUAUUUAAUGUUUUAUUUAAACGAAAAAGGUGAAAGAAUAUAUACGUUGCAGAAAACGGAUCCUAAUGGAAAACCAACAAUAUCUGCACAUCCAGCACGAUUUUCACCUGAAGAUAAAUAUUCACGACAAAGGAUAACAAUAAAAAAACGUUUUAAUCUAUUAAUGACCCAAACUCCAGCACCCGUAUAUUAAACAUGUUAAGAUAGUUUAUUAUAUAAAUUUAGUUUUUUUAUUUUAUCAGAAUAAAUGUUUUUUUAAUUAUU